CAACAAAUCAUCAUCAUAAUCAUCAUCAAAUAUCAUAAAAUAAUAAUAAUAAAAAAACAGAGAAAAGAAAGAAAGAAAUGGCACCGAUAGCAGUUGGAGAUUCGCUUCCAGACGGAACAGUGGCGUAUUUCGAUGAGCAUGAUCAGUUGCAAUCGGUUUCCGUUCACUCACUCGCCGCCGGCAAGAAAGUCGUUCUCUUUGGUGUUCCCGGUGCCUUCACUCCCACUUGCAGCAUGAAGCAUGUUCCCGGGUUUAUUGAGAAAUCUGAAGAGCUUAAAGCCAAGGGUGUGGAAGAACUUUUGUUGAUUAGUGUGAACGACCCUUUUGUGAUGAAGGCGUGGAAGAAAUCGUAUGAAAACACCAAGAACGUGAAGUUUCUGGCUGAUGGGUCUGCAAGCUACACUCAUGCACUUGGGCUGGAGCUUGACCUCUCUGAGAAAGGCCUUGGUGUUCGUUCCAGGAGGUUUGCAUUGUUGGUCGAUGAUCUGAAAGUGGUGGUUGCUAACAUUGAAACAGGUGGAGAAUUCACCGUGUCCAGCGCAGAUGACAUCUUAUCAGCUCUGUAAAUUUACAUUGCUUUAUUGUAACAUCUCAAACGUUGGCCCGAAUUGUUCUGUUUCUGUUUUUGUUUUUGAAUUUUCCAUCUACAUCUAUAAGUUAUGCAAAUUGAGGUUUGUGCUUUAAGCACUUGUUAACCUUAUGCUUUUAAACGAUAAUAAAAGAUCCGAUAUUUGAGAUA